AGAUUUAACCGAGAUUUCGAGGUUCGCGAGAAAGUCACUUGGCAGUCAGCUUCCUUCUCUUGUUUUUAUCACUCAUCAUGCAUAGAGCGGUUUGUCUAACGAUAUUGCUUUCGUCCAGGGAACGACGUUAAUAACUAUAAUCAGCGUUACAGGAUAUAUUUAAUGGUUCUGUUUAACAGUCCGGGAUAUUCGGAAUCUAUCUGCAACCUGCCAGCUAACGUUAGGCCACCUACAUCUAGCUUCGACAGCUAGCCAACUAGCCAGCUAGCCGUACACAGGUGACUUGUCUUAAAAGUGGCCUCUCCCAUUUCUUAUUGGUGUCUACCCAGGCAGUAAUUCUUGAAUUUGCAACGAGGAUUCUUGGGAUGUAUGCCACGGAACCUGUAUAUGUUCCACUCUCCGUGUAACGUGACUAGUUUCGUAUGAUUGUGUUCUUUCAAUCUCAAAUCUAGCUAGCUGACGUUAACUCCCAUCGCAGCGAUUAUUGAGUUAGGGCCUUUUGCAUGUAGCCUUCUAGUCUAGCUACCCAUAACGUUACUCAAUGGCGUCGGAUACAAGUGACACAGAAGAAUUCUAUGAUGCUGCGGAAGAUGUACAUUUUACCCCCUCUCCAAAUAUUUCACCUGCAAAGUUUGUCCUUCCCACUCCUCAGGGUGCUAAGGAAAACCUAGUCCAGGAAGUGGCAGUAGGAUUAGCCAUACCAGAGUCCCGUAAUGAUGACUCCUUAAAGAUCAUUGACAGCAUUAUUGAGGAGAGCCAAAAGGACAACGGAGGGGAUGAGGGUCUGCUCCAAGGGGAUCAGGGGGAGAGGAGGACGGAGGAGAGGUCAGGAGCCGAAGAGCAGGCAGCAUCAGCAGCCAGUGGGUCCAAUGAGACGCCUGAAGUCCUCUCAAGGAUGGGUCUAGCGUCUGGAGGCGGCCAAUCAGAACAGGAGGCGAGGGUGGUGGAGCAAGAACAGGACGUGAGCGCACAGGAAGAUGCUGCACCGGCAGUUGCGGAGGCUCCGGGUGCGUCUGUGUCCGCAGGUGCAUCGGCGACUCAAGAGCAGGCCCCUGCCCCGACGCCGCCCCCUCCGGACAUCACCAGUGCCCUCGGUGGCCGGGCCGCCAUGGCCGAGCUGUCGUGUGGCGGGGACGCCGACACGGAGCCUAGACCGGCCGACAUCCUGGAACAGGUUCCCCUCACACACAACAUGGCUACGGACCAGGAUCCCGGAGGGCCCUCCAAACCCCCCCGGCAGUUCACAGUGGAGCCCGACAUCGUGGCCAGCACCAAGAAGGCACCACCGUCCAGACCGCCUCCUCCGAGUGGAGCGCCGCCCCCUCGACCGCCCCCACCCUCGCGCCCCACCCUCCUGCCCAGUAAGAAGUCCCAGGAGUCCAUGCGGCCCACUGCGUUAGCAGUUUCCGCAGAGCCGGACGAAGAGCCCUGUGGCCUGGUGUCUCCCAGCUCGACGGUACGCUCCCUCACCAAAGAGCUGCAGCACUCCCUGGACCUCGCUAGCGCCACCAGUGGGGAGAAACUCGUCACCGCACAGGAGAAUGGCGAGCAAGACUCUUGUGCCAGUGGUAGUGAAACACCUGGACCACAAAGACCGCGCUCCAACUCGGGACGAGAACUCACUGAUGAGGAAAUUCUGGCGAGUGUGAUGAUAAAGAACCUGGACACCGGUGAGGAGAUUCCUCUGAUCCAGGCUGAGGAGAAGCUGCCCACUGGUAUCAACCCCCUCACCCUGCACAUCAUGAGGAGGACCAAAGAGUACAUCACGAAUGACGCAGCGCAGUCGGACGAUGAUGACAAGUCCUCGGCCCCCCUCACAGACACAGAUGGAGGAAAGUUGAAGCAGAAGACCACGCAGCUGAAGAAGUUCCUUGGCAAGUCGGUGAAGCGGGCGAAGCACCUGGCCGAGGAGUACGGCGAGAAGGCGGUGAACAAGGUGAAGAGCGUGCGGGACGAGGUCUUUCACACGGACCAGGAUGACCCGUCCUCCAGCGAUGACGAGGGCAUGCCCUACACGCGGCCUGUCAAGUUCAAGGCUGCGCACAGCUUCAAGGGGCCCUUCGACUUCGACCAGAUCAAAGUGGUCCAGGACCUCAGUGGAGAGCACAUGGGAGCUGUGUGGACGAUGAAGUUUUCCCACUGUGGCCGGUUGCUGGCCACUGCAGGGCAGGACAACAUGGUCAGGAUCUGGGUUCUCAAGAACGCCUUUGACUUCUUCAACAACAUGAGGAUCAAAUACAACACAGAGGGUCGCGUGUCUCCUUCUCCGUCCCAGGAGAGUCUGUGUUCCUCCAAGUCUGACACCGAGGGAGCAAUGGGCAGUGGGGUUUCAGAGGACCCCGACAUGGAGGACAGGAACGCCCCCUUCCGGCAAGUUCCGUUCUGCAAAUACAAAGGACACACAGCCGACCUGCUGGACCUGUCUUGGUCAAAGAACUACUUCCUGCUGUCGUCGUCCAUGGAUAAGACAGUGCGUCUGUGGCACAUAUCCAGACGGGAGUGCCUCUGCUGCUUUCAGCACAUAGACUUUGUCACAGCUAUCGCAUUUCACCCCAGGGAUGACCGAUACUUCCUGAGUGGCUCUCUAGACGGUAAGCUGCGGCUGUGGAAUAUUCCGGAUAAGAAGGUGGCUCUGUGGAAUGAGGUGGACGGCCAGACCAGACUCAUCACCGCAGCCAACUUCUGCCAGAAUGGCAAAUACGCUGUCAUCGGCACCUAUGAUGGCCGCUGCAUCUUCUAUGACACAGAGCGGCUGAAGUACCACACCCAGAUCCAUGUGCGCUCCACCAGGGGCAGGAACCGCGUGGGCCGGAAGAUCACAGGCAUCGAGCCUCUGCCGGGGGAGAACAAGAUCCUGGUGACAUCCAAUGACUCCCGUAUUCGCCUGUAUGACUUGAGGGAUCUCUCUCUGUCUAUGAAGUACAAGGGCUAUGUCAACAGCAGCAGCCAGAUCAAAGCCAGCUUCAGCCAUGAUUACUCCUUCAUCGUGAGCGGCUCCGAGGAUAAGUACGUGUACAUCUGGAGCACGUACCACGACCUCAGCAAAUUCACCUCAGUCAGGCGUGACCGCAAUGACUUCUGGGAAGGCAUUAAAGCCCACAAUGCCGUGGUGACGUCGGCCAUCUUUGCACCCCACCCGGGGCUCAUCGUGCCUCAGGAAGCAGGGGGCGCUGAGAAGCCUGACCCUGAGGUCAAGAGCAAUGACUCUACCGACUCCGAGACCAUUCCCUCAGGAGCUCUGAAAACAGACCACAGUGAAGUGCUCCUCUCCGCAGACUUCACCGGCGCCAUCAAAGUCUUCAUCAACGUCAAGAAGUACUGAUCUCUCCUGAUGCCUUACAGUCGCUCUCUUCUCCCACUGACUGUCCGGAAGAGACAAACUCCCCAAGAACACAUCAACAGUUGUUUUUCCCCCCAAAACUGGAUGGGAGUUCGGUCCACUGUUCCCCUCUAACCACCAAUCUCCAGCCAGAGAGUGCUCUGGGGAGGACGGAAGUGACAUUCGUAGAAAGCAUUCCGCCUCCACGGAGAACAAGGACCCUGACACUACGGGAUUACGGACAUGCAGAGGAACAUGUCAAACAUUUCAACAAAACGCCACAACGCCAUGCCUUUCAUGAUAUCCUUAUCUUUUCCUGUUUGUGUAUAACAUGAAACUGUGUUCUUAGUUUGGAGAAAUCUAUUGCUUGAGGAGAGUGAGUGUGGAAUGACAGUUCACAGUAGCAUAUACUGUAGGAUGAGACAAUGAUCCUGGUUAGAUGAACCCAUUCUCCUGGAUGAUUGAUAACCCUGUAAGACAUUAAUAAUCACUUACAGCAUUGUGGUGAAUGAGGUGAUUUGUCCUCUACGUAAACUGACACACAUAAACGAUUAUUCGCUCUCGCGGCUUUUUUUAAUCUUCUUCCGUCUGCCUCAUUAAUAGUCAUGCGAUGGCUUUUCAAUGGAACGGUUGUCAUCGUACAUUUCAAAUUUAGGACUAACUCUGAUCAUUUCCGUUACCUAUUCUUAUUUGUGUAUUUGUCAGUGUUUAUUUUAUGUGUUGUAAAAAAGAACAAUAAAUUGAACCACUUUUCUAACA